CGACUACAUCUCGAGCCUCACGGGAUGCAUAUACGAGGAAUGCGACGAGACAGAAUCAGCAGCGGCGAAGGAAUUCUUAGAGGAGCUGUGAAACGGUGCUGGAUCCCCAAUCACCAUAUCCUCCAAAGGCGCCACCGUCAUCUCUGACGACGCGUCUGACAACGAAGCCUUGGAAAAUGACUGGAAAGGCAUGGAAAAUCACCCGCUCGAGUUGCGGCAGGAAACCGCAGGUACCUUCUUCGAAACAGAUCAACCCGAAACUGGUUUACCGGCCGAGACUGGCUUCACUGGCCUACCGAAGACCACGGACACCUUCACCACCGCAUUCACCGGCACGGGCACCAUCACAGGCGCCAGGAGCACAGGCUCGCCAACAACCAGCAGCCCGACAAAUGGUAGCCCAACAACUUCCACAUCCACACCCACCCAGACAAACAGCGGCGGCGGUAGACUCGGCAUCGGACUAGGUGUUCCGCUCGGGUUCAUCAUAAUAGCAGGCUUGGUUGGCCUGGGGUGGUUCCUAGGACGACGAAGCAAGAAACAAGCUGCUGCUGUAGCUAACUCGCAGCCGGAGAUGGUGGGCCCGGCUGAGCUGGGUGGAGCAAGUCAGCCUGUUAGCUCAGAGCUGCCGACGAAGGGGAAUACGCACGAGAUGCCAACUGGAGCAUGGAUGGGACAGCCACAAGGUCAGCUCGCGCCUGCCGAGUUGGGCGAGAAUAGAUGAGAGUAUGUGUAGAGCUCCCGGUGUAUAUGGGUGUGAAGGAUGGGGACGCUCUUAAAGGGUAAUCAUGG